AUGGAAGGGAAGUACGCCGAGCUCCCCACCGAGGAAGACUUGAUGGAGAUGAUGAUGGAGAGGAGCUUCACUGAGCAGGACGUGAAGCAUGAGGACAGGUCUCUGAAGAAAAUAAUCCCCAGGACUAAACUGUGCAGAGGCUUGUACAACAGAUACUGUGUGCUGGAUGUAAAAGAGGUAUAUGGACGCAGAGAGGAGAAACAUCUCACUAUUACAGCCAGCCAGGAAGGAGAGGAUACAGAGAUCUGCAUUCUCAAGGAUGACUGGGUUGAUCUGCAUGUAAAGCCUGGUGAUAUAAUACAUCUUGAGGGCAACAACACACAGAAUACAUGGACUGUAGACAGGGACUCUGGCUAUCUUAUUUUAUACCCUGAUCUUCUCAUAUCCGGUACCAGCAUAGCAAAUGCCAUACGAUGUUUGAGGAGAUCGGUGUUAGGUGAAAAAUUUAAGGCCUCCGAUAAAGGAUCACGGCAAAUGCUGAUCGGCACCAUCUUGCAUGACAUCUUCCAGAAAGCAACUACGCGAGGGUUUGGCAGUGAUGUACUGCAAAAGCUUGCUCUUCAAACUGUGCAUGGACCCAAAUAUCUGAAAGAAAUGUACCAGCUGAACUUAAACCAAGCUGAUAUAAUGCAAGACGUAGAAGAAUAUCUUCCAUCUUUUGAAAAGUGGGCAAGUGACUCUCUGAUCCCUGCCCACCAACAACUAGCGACACUGAACUUAUCAGCUGGUGGAAGUGCAGUUCAAGUGUCUGAGUUUUUGGACAUUGAAGAAAAUAUUUGGUCACCAAGAUUUGGUUUGAAAGGAAAAAUUGAUGUAACCGCCACUGUAAAAAUACACCAGAAAACCAAAAGCCAAUUGAAAACCAUGCCUCUGGAGCUAAAAACUGGCAAGGAGUCUAAUUCCAUAGAGCACAGAAGUCAGGUUAUUCUGUAUACUUUGCUAAGUCAGGAAAGGAGAGAGGAUCCGGAGUCUGGUCUACUCUUAUAUUUAAAGACUGGAACCAUGUACACAGUACCUGCAAAUCAUCUAGACAAAAGAGAAUUACUUAAAAUACGUAAUGGGUUGUCAUUUCAUUUGGAAAAUUUAGUGCAUAAAUCCAAUAAUGGAAGUAAAGAAAGCAGACUCUCCACAUUGCCAUCAAUGAUCGCUGACAAGCAAGCCUGCAAAUUUUGCUCACAACUUCGAAAUUGUGCCCUUUACAGCAGGUCCGUAGAGCAACAGAGUGGAUCUGUCUACAUACCCAAUGAAAUGCUCCCUGUUAUUGACAGUCAAACUGGACAUCUGAAAGACUCCCACUUGCAGUACUUCAAUCUCUGGUACCUCAUGUGCUCUUUGGAGGCCCACUCAAAGGAAUCAAAAAAUGGUCGCAAAAAUAUCUGGAUGCUGUCAGCAGCUGAGAGGGAAGAUGAUGGCCAGUGUAUUGGGAACCUUAUUAGGACAGAAAGUGUGCAGCCAUUGGCAGAAGGGCAGUACCUUCAUACCUUCCAACGCCAAUCUGGUAACAUUCCAGCUACCAAUCUGGUGUCUGGGGAUAGAGUUGUAGUAAGUGGAGAAGAGAAAAAAUUCCUUGCCCUCUCUACCGGCUUUAUCAGAGAGGUUAAUGAGAAUAAUAUAACCUGCAUUUUGGACAGGAGCCUAGCCAAGAUUCCUCAAGGUACUAUUUUUAGACUUGACCACGAGGAAGGAGGGGGUGGUCUGGAAUCCCAUCUAGGAAACUUAUCAAAGCUUAUGGAAAAUUCUCCUGGAAGUGAGAAACUUCGAGAUUUGAUCAUUGACUUUGGAAAGCCUCACUUUGUUCAGUAUCUAAGCUCAGUUCUGCCUCAUGAUGCCAAGGACACUGUUGCCAACAUUUUAAAAGGCCUUAACAAGCCACAAAAGCAAGCAAUGAAACGAGUCCUACUCUCAAAAGACUAUACACUUAUUGUUGGCAUGCCCGGCACAGGGAAAACUACAACCAUCUGCACUCUGGUAAGGAUUCUCUAUGCCUGUGGAUUUAGUGUGUUGCUGACCAGUUACACACACUCUGCGGUUGACAAUAUUCUGCUGAAGCUGAAAAAAUUUCACGUGGGAUUUCUGCGCUUGGGGCGAACACAAAAGAUUCAUCCAGAGGUUCAGAAGUAUGGAGAAGAAGAAAUCUGCAAAGCCAAGUCAAUAAAGACAUUAAGUGGUUUAGAAGAACUCUAUAGCAGCCAGCCUGUGGUUGGGACAACAUGUAUGGGAGUCAGCCAUCCAAUCUUCACUCGAAGGAGGUUUGAUUUCUGCAUUGUGGAUGAAGCAUCUCAGAUCAGUCAGCCAAUCUGCCUCGGCCCCUUGUUCUUCGCUGACAGAUUUGUUUUAGUGGGUGAUCAUCAGCAACUUCCUCCUCUUGUUCAAAGUGCAGAAGCCAGAGAGCUAGGAAUGAGUGAAAGCUUGUUCAAAAGACUGGAGAGGAACCAAGAUGCAGUUGUCCAACUGACUGUGCAGUAUCGCAUGAAUAGCAAAAUAAUGUCCCUGAGCAAUAAGUUGGUAUAUGAAGGACGCCUAGAGUGUGCCUCUGAACGGGUGGCUACAGCCAUAGCCCAACUACCUCAACUCAAGUCUUUAAAGCUGGAGCUGGAAUUCAGGGAGACUCCUGAAAGUACAUGGAUCAAAGAUGUUCUGGAGCCUAGUAACCCUGUCUUCUUCCUGAAUACAGAGGAGAUCCCAGCUCCGGAGACAGCAGAGAAAUGUGGUGUCAGUAACUUGGUUGAAGCUAAGCUGGUAGCCUAUCUGGCAUUUCUUUUUGGGAAGGCUGGCUGUAAACCAUCAGACGUUGGGAUUAUUGCUCCCUAUCGUCAGCAGUUAAAAGUCAUUUCUACAUAUUUUGCAAAGCUGUCCUCCAGCACUGUAGAGGUUAACACUGUAGACAAGUACCAGGGGAGAGAUAAAAGUGUGAUCAUCGUUUCAUUUGUCAGAAGCAAUGUUGAUGGAAAGCUUGGUGAUCUUCUGAAGGAUUGGAGGAGACUGAAUGUGGCCCUCACACGAGCCAAGCACAAACUGAUCAUGGUGGGCUGUGUUCCAACUCUUUCUCGCUUUGACUCACUACAGCAACUGAUCAGCUAUCUGAUCAGUGAAAAUUUAAUUCUCAAUCUUCCUCCAGCAGCUCAUGAACAUCUCCUUGGCUGA